AUGCUACCGUUCCACGCACUUCUUUUCGUGCCCCUGGUGAACGCAUGGACAUUCCGCACCACCACCCCAGAUAACAAAACUGAGAUCGCCCGUGGCGAAGCCUUCCAGCCCUGCACGAACGCCACUAUCGGCCAGGACCGCCUGUUCACCUGGGAUCCCGAAGGCUCAGAUCUCUGCGUCUCGAUCUACCGCGACACAGAGUGCAAGUCGCGAGGCGGAUAUUCAUGUACUCUAUGGAGGAAGAAUGCGAGUGCCCCGUUCGAGGCUUUUGAUGUUAUGCUCGAGAGCGAGAUUGUCGCUAAAUCCUUGUCCGCCGCGUACUCGGCAACACACACAACCACCACCACCACCACACCCACGCCGGACCCUACUACUACUACUACACCCGUUCACUCCGCCUCUGCAACACCAACUGACCCGGCUGCGGCUGCGACCAGCGACGAUGGUGGUUCUUCCGGCUCUUCGCUGUCUGGUGGUGCUAUUGCGGGUGUAGUGAUUGGUGUCAUUGCUGGUGUUGCUAUUCUCCUUGCUCUGGCUGUCUUGUAUAUGAAGAGGAAGAAUAAGAAUAGUGCGCCGGUUACUGUCGAGCAUGGUGGUUAUGGGCCCCAUGAGGCGGAUGCGACGAAUUCUUCGAUUAGUGGUACUACGGUUAUUGCAGAGAAGGGAGGAGACUCGGCUGUGCGUGCUUUCAGACCUCCGCCUGGUUCGCGGGUUGUGGAAUUGGUCGGCGAUGAGAGGAGUGCUGAGUUGGGUUCGAGUCCGAUCAGCGAAAUGGAUGGACAGACUGCUGUUAAACCAUUCAACCGGGUAUGA